CGGGCGCACCGGGCCGACGAGGGCCCCACGUCGCGCUGCCCGGCAAAGUCUCAAGGACGCCGUCAUGGUGCGCGUCGCGCGCGCAGUGCUCACCCUGGCCGCAUCGUGCUGCGGGGCCGUGGCUUCCUCGCCGACGACGUACCGCUCCGGAAGCGUUCCCGAGGUGGCGGUGACAGCGGCGCGGUGCAGCCAGUUCUGGGCAAAGCUCUGCGGCCGGCAGGACUGUGUGCCGGUGGUGCUCGUGGCGGGGUGCGCCCCCAAGCCGUGCAAUGGCGGGUCGACCGCCGCAUCAGACGAAGGCAAGCGGAGAUCGGCUUUCCGGCGGCGGAGGAAGCGCGAGGCGGUGUGGCAGCGGGAGCAGCUCAGCGGGACUGACUCCACGACGACGGCCGACGGCGGCCAGCAGCGUGAUGACGUCGACGACCUGUUACGCGCUCAUGCUGCACGGCCGGGGGCGGCAGGCCACCACGGCGGUGGUCAUGCGCACGCUGGCCGACGACAACUGCCGGGUGCACCCAGCAAAAAGGGUCCAUUUAUUGCGUACGCGAGGAGUUUCGAGAGAUGCGACUCGCAAGAACAGUAUACUUAUACACUAGACCUACGUCCAAGUCACUUCAAUCCCGCCAGACCCUUCGAAACGCAGACAGUCUCGGGGAAUAUGAGCAUGAAGAAAGAGCUGGAUGACAACCUCUGGGUUCGAGUCAGCAUGGCACUUCGCUCGAACAACGAGUGGAAAGAGAAUGCAUUUAUUUUCAAAUUUCCUGGCAAUGCGUGUUCUUCGAUACGAGAACAUCUCCCCGCCAUCUUCCGCCUCCUUUCGAAGGCCACUAACACAACGCCGGCAAAAGACAGAAGGCAACCCUGCGUAUUCCCAAGGGGAUCCCACACGAUCGAGAACGAACCGAUGAAGUGGGAAUUUCCUAAAUUCAAGAUCAUGCCGUAUGGCCGCUACAAGUUUCGAGUUCAGAUGGGUGCUGUCGGCAGUCAAGAGAAUCUCUUCUGCAACUGGGUUGACUGCGAAGUUAUCCCGAGGCCGGCCUGA